CCUCGAUCGGCCUCAGCUCUACCAAUGCCGCAGGAAAGGAACAUCACGGUUCUGUACGGUUCGCAAACAGGCUGCGCCCAGGAGGUGGCCGAGCGCAUCGCAAGAGAGGCCCGUCGCCGCCACUUCCAUGUUGUUCUCUCCGCCAUGGACGAUUACGAGCGGGCCAGCUUGACGCAAGCAGGGCUGGCGAUCUUUGUGUGCUCUGUCACCGGCCAGGGCGAUGAGCCAGAUAAUAUGAAGCGGUUCUGGAAGUUCCUGCUGCGGAAGAAUCUACCUGCCGACUCGCUCGCAGGGCUCAAGUUUGCUGUAUUUGGUCUUGGAGACAGCUCGUAUCAGAGGUUUAACUUUCCAGCCAAGAAACUUUACAAGCGACUUAUUCAGCUCGGCGCAGAGGCGAUACACCGAAGAGGCGACGGCGACGAUCAGCACAAACUUGGAGUGGACACUGAACUCGAUCCGUGGCUGUCCGAGCUAUGGGCCAUCGUAAUGGCGCUGUAUCCGCUGCCACCCAACAUGGAGAUCAUUUCGGAGACGGUUCUGCCCCCUCCAAGCUUCGAGAUCGAGUUUCUGUCCUUUGAAGACGCCGAUCGCAUCGAGCCAUCUGCAUCCUAUGCCUUGCUUCCCAGAGCCACGUUGAUUGCCAACGAGCGUCUUACCGCCGCCGAUCAUUUCCAGGACAUCCGGCACCUUUCCUUCCGAAUCGAUGGACCGGCGCAGCUCGACAGCGCUGUUUAUAAUCCCGGUGAUGUCAUGGGCCUCUACCCCAAGAACGACCCAGAUCUGGUUGAGGAAGCACUGGCCUUCUUUGGCUGGAAGGACAUUGCAGACAAGCCUCUGCAGCUCAAGCCUGUCCGAGAGGAUGCCAAGCGGCCGAAGCACUGGGGCACCAUCAUGACCCUCCGAAUCCUGCUGGAGAGCCAUCUGGAUCUGUUUGGGCAUCCGCGGCGGUACUUUUUCGAGCUUCUUUCCUUCUUUUCCACGGAUCUGGACCAUGCCGAGAAGCUGCGCGAGUUCGCCUCGAGCGAGGGACAGCCCGAUCUCUACUCGUACUGCCAUCGGAUGAAGCGCACCACCUUUGAGGUCCUCCAGGACUUCCACUCUGCCAAAGUCCCCUUGAAAUAUCUGUUGGAUCUGAUUCCCGAACUCCGGCCGCGUCUCUUCUCCAUCGCGUCGUCUCCGAAUGUCGACCGCAGCCGAAUCGACCUGACUGUCGGCAUCAUCAACUAUACGACAAAGCUCAAGAAACCGAGAACCGGAGUUUGCACCAGCUGGCUCUCCAGCCUGCCGUGUGGAACCUCCGUCCCGUUCUACAUAUCUAGAGGCACCAUGAAGCUCCCAGACGACGGCGUGCCCGCGAUUUUCAUUGGCCCAGGCACAGGCGUCGCUCCGAUGCGAUCGUUCAUACAGGAGCGCAUCAAUCGCGGGCACCACGAUAAUGUCCUCUUUGUUGGUUGCCGCAAUCAGUUCAAAGACUAUGUAUACGCCUCUGAAUGGCAAGCGGCCUGCAACAGGGGGCAGCUCAAGGUGUUCACGGCGUUUUCUCGGGACCAGGACGAGAAGAUCUACGUCCAGCACCGCAUUCAGGAGCAAGCCAAGCUCAUGUGGGAGCUCAUCGGAGUCAAGGGUGGCUUCGUCUUCCUCUCAGGUAAUGCCAAGCGCAUGCCGUACGAUGUCGAGGACGCACUCAAGGAGAUCUUCAAGAUCGAAGGCAACAUGACCGACGACGAGGCGCUUGCUUAUCUGCGCGGGCUGGAGAAGCAGCGGCGGUUCCAGCAGGAGUGCUGGUCGUGAGCGACAUGUGGAAUACAGCAUGAGUGUGGCCACCGCUGGCAUCUCUCGCAUCUGUCGUGCUGAGACCCUCGAUGGUGGUGUGGGCCGAGUUGCUCCAAGAAACGGCC